UUCACAAGCCACUCUUAGCUGGGAGCCAGAUAGACGCCCCAGGAACACUGAGACCGAGGCCCUAAUCCUUCGGCAGCUAUGGGAGUUCAUCCCGAGGUAACGCAGAAGCCUUGUUUGAGGGUCCAGAUCUUGCUUAAGAGGGUCAGGGCCUUAUUUAGAAAAGCUCCACCCUGAUCGCCCCCCCCAACCCAUCCCCACCCCCACCUGCAUCCUGGAACCCAGGGUGCACACAUGUGUAUGAGUAUGUGUUUGGACACGUGGGUGAAAACAACCCUGAACAUCCUCCAUUGUAGCAGGUUCUGGACACAGGAGAGCAGCUGAUGGUCCCUGUGGAUGUCUUGGAAGAGGAAAACAAAGAGGCCCUGUGGAAGUUUCUGCUCUCAGGAGCCAUGGCUGGGGCAGUGUCUCGCACGGGGACAGCCCCUCUGGACCGAGCCAGGGUGUACAUGCAGGUGUACUCUUCCAAGAGUAACUUCAGGCACCUGCUGAGUGGUCUGCAGAGCCUGGUUCAGGAGGGCGGUGUCCGUUCGCUCUGGCGGGGCAAUGGCAUCAACGUGCUCAAGAUCGCCCCGGAAUAUGCCAUCAAGUUCUCUGUGUUUGAGCAGUGUAAGAAUUUCUUCUGCGGUAUGCAGGGCUCCCCGCCCUUCCAGGAGCGGGUGCUCUCGGGCUCCCUGGCUGUGGCCAUCUCCCAAACUCUCAUCAACCCCAUGGAGGUACUCAAGACUCGGCUGACCCUUCGCUUUACCGGACAGUAUAAAGGACUUCUGGACUGUGCCAGGCAGAUCUUAGAACGGGAUGGCACCCGAGCCCUGUACCGAGGCUAUCUGCCCAAUAUGCUGGGUAUUAUACCCUAUGCCUGCACUGACCUGGCUGUCUAUGAGCUACUCCGGUGUUUGUGGCAGAAGUCGGGCAGGGACAUGACGGACCCCAGUGGCCUGGUCAGCUUGUCAUCUGUAACACUGUCCACAACCUGUGGCCAGAUGGCCAGUUACCCACUGACUUUGGUGCGCACACGGAUGCAGGCACAAGACACUGUGGAAGGCGCCAACCCCACCAUGCUGGGAGUCUUCAGGCGGAUACUGAGCCAACAGGGCUGGCCUGGGCUGUACAGAGGCAUGACGCCCACAUUACUGAAGGUGUUGCCAGCAGGCGGCAUCAGCUACCUGGUGUACGAAGCCAUGAAGAAAACCCUGGGUGUACAAGUCCUGAGCAGAUGACAUGCCCCUAACAGGAAGAGGAUGGAAGACCCAGGAUCCCUGGGUCUCAGAAAGCCCACCAAGGCUCAGGCUUUAGGGCCAUUUUGGUUUGUGAAAACCAUCCAGGACUAGGGUUAGAAGUGCUCGGAUUCCCUCCUGCAAGAUACAGUCCGGGUUGAGAUUCCAGCCGGGUGUUUGCAGGCUCGUCCAACAGAAGGUGUGGACAA